ACCGACUAAAGUGAGUGAGUUCAUCAGAAAAUGGGAUACUCAUACUCCGUAUAUCUUACUCGUAGUAAAAUCUGGAAGUUGAAAGAGAGAAGAAGGUUCAUCAUCAUCAUUCAUGUUCGUUCACACUCGUUCUGCACAAUUCCUUCGCCGAGCUAUCUCAAUUUCAAAUUCAAACUCAACAUCAAUUUCUCUUAUUUUUUCUAAAACCCUAAACCCCAAUUUCAACAACGCCGUAUUUCAAUGUUUGAUUCGGAAAAUCAGCACAACUUCAUCGUUGUCAUCAUCGGCGGCGGCGGAAGGAGUGUGGCGGGACCCUAAUAGAAUAUCAAUAUGGAGGAGAAAGAAAGAAAUUGGGAAAGAAGGUUUAAUUGUUGCGAAAGAGUUGAAGCGUCUUCAAUCAAACCCUCUUCGUCUUCAACGAUGUAUUCAAUCAAAUGUUUCUCGUCUCCUUAAAUCUGACCUUGUUUCUGUUCUUGCUGAGUUUCAACGCCAAGACCAAGUAUUUCUCUCUAUGAAAUUGUAUGAUGUGGUGCGUAAAGAGAUAUGGUACCGUCCAGACAUGUUCUUCUACAGGGACAUGCUCAUGAUGCUUGCAAGGAACCAAAAGGUCGAGGAAACAAACCGGGUGUGGGGAGACUUGAAGAGGGAAGAAGUACUAUUUGAUCAGCACACUUUCGGUGACAUUAUGAGGGCCUUUUUGGACAAUGAACUGCCAAAUAAGGCGAUGGAAAUAUAUGCUGAAAUGAGGCAGUCCCCUGAUCCCCCUCUUUCACUUCCUUUUCGAGUCAUUCUGAAAGGGCUUAUUCCAUAUCCAGAAUUGAGGGAGAAGAUCAAAGAUGACUUUUUGGAGCUAUUUCCCGGAUGUUCUGUCUAUGAUCCUCCUGAAGACCUCUUUGAUGACCAAGACUGGGAAACGGAGAGCGAUACGGAUUAAAAGGCAAGUUUAAACAACUCUUUUUUAGACAGAGAAGUGGUUUUGUAGUCUUUGUUACAUCUUCCUUAAAACUAGUUGGUAGUUUUUGUUUUCUUAGAAAACUUGAAAACAAUAUCAUUUGAUUUGUUGAAACUUCUACUGUAAGUCUGUUGUAGUACAAAUUUGUAUCUAUGUUUGACAUAAGAAAUUUCAAACUUACAAAUUAGUUGCCAAAAACAAUUGAGUCUACUGUAGCCCAUUCAAGUGGAGCAAUACAAGUGAUACAUUCUGGUGAACACAUUCUCUCAACUCUCAAAAGAUGAUUCAUUUUGUAUUUUUGCUUGCAUUCCUUUUUCACUUCUGAAUUUUUGAUACAAAUGUUACUCUUCAAUCUAUUCUCCUGUUGACUCAAAUGUUACUCUGAAUGAUCGUUCAUCCUCCUGAAAACCAGAUGUUCUUUCAAUAGUUCUCCUCUGUUUCCUAUGCCUGUGAUGGCGAAUUACAUCACCCUGAUUAUCCAAAUGCAGCUGCUGCUUUACAUCGAUGCUACUUCGAUGCUUGCCAUGUUUAUGCUUGUCUUUAUGGACAUGAUGCAAAUACUGAUUAUAAUCAUUUGAUCGAUGUGGUGCAUGAUCAUGUUCUUGUUCACUAUUAUUCUUCCUGUGCCUAUGCUUCAUUUCAUGCAUGUUAUGAUGCUGGUGUGCUCGGUAAUGGUGAGGUUGAUGUCUCAUGUGAUGAAUCCGGUGAUGAUCAAGCUGAACUCUGUUCCUCUGGUUAAUUUUCCGCCUUGGUGUACCUUCCCAGAAAUGAUCUUCCCACCAGUCGUAGAGAGGAUCGAAGAGUCCUUUUUGAUGUAAAAGCCAUAGAAGCACGAGGACUAAAACGCCAUCAAAGAUUAUUGUGAAUAAGAUGAAUGUGAAAUGCAGAAUCUGUUAAACUCAGCUCAACGUAACUGGGUGCUCGUUUAUCCUUUCAAAUCUUCCUACCACGCCAUACAACGGUGGUUGAUGCCUUGCAAUUCGAUUCUGAUCAGCCUGUGAAAACAGUUUUGAAUCUGGUUGUGCAAACAACUCCAGUACGGGGAGGUGCAGAAAUCCGGUUGACCAUUGAAAGCCUCAUAACCGACUCCAAUCUUGUUGCAUUCAAGGCCGUCCAAUGUGAAUCUCACUCUCUCAAGUAGCAUGUACAUUGAAAAAUUAUGUCCUAGAUCCGGAGGCUGGCCUGGUCCAUGCUUCAGAAUUCAAAACCAGAAAAAGGAAGAAGGUACUCUUCGUCUAUCACCACAAGGACAGCAGACUGGCUAAGGAAAGGAUAUGCAGACAGAAAGGAAACAUCACUAUUUAUGAGAAACAUAGGUUUUGAGACAUUAUAACCAAAAAAAGUACCUGUGAGGGUUCGAUAAUGUGCCCUUGUUCAUCCCUCAACCUACAAAACCGACAACAGAAGCGUCAAGCUCGAAUCAAGGAAAUAAGGAGAAACACACGAGCUAGUGCACAGAAACAGCACUACACGUAGAAGGUGAGAAGGGAGGGGGAGGAAAUAAGUAGACCUGAUCAAAUUCCGGGUCGGGUUCGGGCCAUGCCUUAAAAUUCUGCCUAUUAGACCGGGUCAAGCCGGGCCAAACUUUUCUGUCCAAAACCUGCUAUUUCGGGCCAAAAAUAGAGUGCUUUCUGGACCGUUUGGGUCGGGCUAACUCUAUAACUAAAAUUGCAAUUUUAAAUUACCCAAAACCGCCAUUUUCCGGGCCGGGCCGGGCUCAUGAUGAUCAGGUCUAUGAAAUAGGUAUUGAGAAAGAAAGAGAGAAAUUGCCUCUCACAUAUCUUCACAACGCGUGCAUCAGCAUCCGGCUCACACUUUCGUGUCUGGACAUAAAAUUCCUGGGGUCUAUAGGGAACAUCCUGAAAAUUUGAUACUGAAAGUGUCACAUAUCAUUGCAUAGGUAUACUAUACAAAUAUACAAGUGAAGAAGAGGAAGAAAUCAAAAGCAAGAAACAUCUUGAUUAUGCAAGGAAGUUACUGAAAGUUAGCCAUAAUUCAGAUAUUAGUUAGCCAUACUCGUAUAUAAGUGAGAUCAAACAUGGCGUAAACAGCAGAUUUGUUGACAGUAAUCACAGGGGGUAAUCGCAAAGUCUGCAUCUUGUUUGUAGUUGAGUUUUCCUCCACCUCUGCAACUUCUGCCACCAUUGAUGCUUCUCCUCCACUCUGAAACCAGUGAAAAUUCUUUAUGUCAGAAUAAAAUUUGCAGGAUUUAUUCAGAAGUUGACAACAACAACAACAACGAUAGCAGCAGCAACAACAACAACAACAACAACGAUAGCAGCAACAACAACAACAACAACAACGAUAGCAGCAACAACAACAACAACAACAACGAUAGCAGCAACAACAACAACAACAACAACGAUAGCAGCAGCAACAGCAUCAAAGACAACAACAACGAUAGCAGCAACUAGACCGGUCAAAAAUCAACCCAACCCAAAAACCGACCCGAACCCAACCUGAAAAUACUGGUUUUGAACAAGGUUUUUGUGACCUGUAUCUCGAUUUUAUCUGAACCCAAACAACCCGAAAAGUAAUGGGUCAAAAUCCGAUCGAACUCGUUAUUGACCCGACCGAUUGAAAAUCAUUGUAUUUAUAGUAAUAAAUGAGAUUACGAGGAAUUGUAAGCAUAGUAAAUAUACUUUUUUAUUAUUAUUGUUGGAUGUAAUAUAAUUUUAAUUUGAUUUAUACGCCAUUUUAUAGUCGAAUUUGACUAAAUAUAAA